AUCACUUAGGAAGUUUCUCAUAUCGAUCCUGUUCUUCUUCGGUCCUGUGUGGCAGCUUGUGUUCACUCAGCUUCGAGCUCGGAGUGGCGGCGACGUUUAAUUGGGUUUUCAGGAUACCUGCUCGUCUGUUUGUUUGUGUAUCACUACCGGAAACUACCUUAUGUCUGAAAAUAGCCUUAAUUAAAAAAUAAUAAUAAUUUAAAAAUGGACGCGCAUGUUGGUUCCCAGCAGGCAGCAGAAAACUCCUUUCCAGCUGAAACAGAACAACCUACCAGAAUGACAAGAAUACAGAUUCUCACUUUAAUAUCUUUGGCAUCUGUUAAUUUCAGUUCAAUGAUCUGCUACUCUAUAUUGGGCCCCUUUUUCCCUAAUGAGGCUGUAAAGAAGGGAGCCAGUCAGACUGUGAUUGGUCUAAUAUUUGGGUGCUAUGCUGUCUGCAAUUUAAUAGGUUCUAUGGUGAUGGGAAGAUAUAUUGUCCAGAUUGGAGCAAAAUUUAUGUUACUCGCAGGACUUUUUGUAUCGUCGGUGUGCACCAUCAUGUUCGGAUUACUCGAUCGGGCCCCUGCGGGGGCCCCCUUCAUUAGCCUGUGUUUUAUCGUGAGGUCCGUCGACGCUGUGGGCUUUGCCGCUGCCAUGACCUCCACUUUUGCCAUGACGGCGAAAAUCUUCCCAAACAAUGUGGCGACUGUUUUGGGAAGCUUGGAGGUUUUCACUGGGCUCGGGCUCAUUCUGGGGCCACCUGUGGGAGGCUGGUUCUACCACUCCUUUGGAUACGAAGUCCCUUUUUUGCUUCUCGGGUGUCUGCUUCUGAUCAUGGUUCCUUUCAACAUAUACGUGUUGCCCUCCAUUGAGGCUGAACCAUCCAAAGACUCAUUCUUUAGACUGCUCUUCCAUGGAGAAGUACUGCUGAUUUGCUUCGUGAUAGGUACACUAAGUGCAGGGCUGGGGUUCAUUGAUGCCACCUUGUCGCUGUUUGCCAUGAAAACGUUUAAUCUCUCAUCUGGCUACGUGGGACUAAUAAUGAUCGGUUUAUCCUUGCCAUAUUGUCUGGCGUCCCCUGUGAUCGGUUAUUUCACAGAUAAAUAUCCUGGCACAAGGAUAGGAUUCACAGUGACUGGAGGAGUCAUCACUGCUGCUUGCUUCUUUCUGCUCGGUCCUGCGCCUUUCUUUCACAUCAAGAGUCAGUUGUGGUUGCUGGUCCUCAUGCUCGGCCUAAUUGGAUUUUCUCUGGGCAUGACUGCAAUCCCCACAUUCCCUGAGAUCAUCACAUGUGCACAUGAACAAGGGUUUGAAGACGGACUGAGCACUCUUGGAAUGGUCUCUGGUUUGUUUGGUGCGUUUUGGUCCACGGGGAUGUUUUACGGUCCUAUAGUGGGGGGCCUUAUCACGCAGCGCCUGAACUUUGAAUGGGCGGCAACAGUCCAGGGUGCCAUGGGACUCUUAGCUGCCUUACUUCUCCUGGCUUACUCUCUCUGUAAGAGACGUCAACAAAGCCUGCAAGAAGAUAAUCAACAAUCGGAUGAAAACACUCCUCUCCUAAGCGGAUGAAUCCCUCUGCCAGACAUUAAAGGGAAUAGCCGCCAUUCUUUCUCGACACAAGGGAAAGCUUUUGUUGCGUCCUUCUUGCAACAGAAUUGUAAUGUUUUCAGCGUUUGUUUCGAUCUGGUGCUGCGGCGUACAGACAACACGGCACACGCGGCCGCUUCCAAGUAAUUAAUUCUGAACGGAGAGCAGAGCACACACACACACACACACACACACACACACACACGCCAACAUGUAACGACCAGAGCGUCCGCCUCUUUGGUACCGAGACCUUUUUUUGUUAGCGGUCAUAGCAUUCUGCAGCACGUGACUUGGAUUUCAUGCUGAGCUAAAGCUCAUCAGGAUCUAUUAACACAUUCCUGGGAAUAUUGAAGAAAAAAAAAAAGAUUAAGAGAAUUGUAUUUGAAAUGUUAUUUUAUACAGGUCACACCUGUUGUUAAUGGACGAAUGUAAUGUAAUGUGCCAUGAAACAGAUCUGACCAUGUUUGUUGUGACGUCUUCUACCUAAUUAUUAUCUUGUUUCACAGUCAUGGUUAUUUAUUAAAUUAAGUCUGAACUAUUCUAGUGGAGUCAUUUUGCCAAUGAGCUUGAGGUUUUAUUAGAAAACGAUUGCGUUUCAAAAGUGAUUACAGAAUUGCAUGUUUUUCCAUAGUGUACGAACGUUGCCCUUUAAAGUCAUAUCUAAAUCUUUACAA